UGACCUUAAAUUACUUUAAUAACAGAAAUCAUCAAAUUAGGACCAAAGAUUCCCACAAAGACAUAUCAAAUCAUUUCCAAUCAAUAACUUCUCCUCUCUCUCUUCACCACCCAAUAAUUAAAUAAUAAUAAUAUAUAUAAACAUAAUAAAAAAUCCCCCCAAAAAAAUGAAAAUAAUAAAUAAAUAAAGUCAAAGAUGCAAGCCGCUGGAUCAGUUGACUACAUAGAGUUCCAACCAAUCACAACAACAGAGCUGUCACUUUUUUGUAGAGACGUAUAAUUUCAUUUUUGUUUUUUUUUUCUUGGGAACUUAACCAAAGCUUCAAUCUUUGAUCUCAUUCUGUGUAAAUUUCUUCAAAACUAAAGAGAAAAAAGAAGAAAGAUGGUAUCUUUCAGUGAAAAAUCUGUUCUUCCAUCUUCUCAUGAUGUGGAUUCUGGCCAUGCUCGUCUCAAUGAGCUUGGCUACAAACAAGAGCUUAAGCGUGAUCUUUCGAUGCUUUCAAAUUUUGCUUUUUCAUUUUCAAUCAUAUCAGUUCUUACUGGUGUAACCACUCUUUACAACAAUGGGUUGAGAUUUGGUGGACCAGUGUCUGUUAUUUAUGGUUGGUUUAUUGCUGGUUCUUUUACUAUGUUAGUUGGUUUAUCAAUGGCUGAGAUUUGUUCUUCUUAUCCAACUUCUGGUGGUCUUUACUAUUGGAGUGCUAAGCUUGCUGGUCCUAAAUGGGCACCUUUUGCUUCAUGGCUAACUGGCUGGUUCAACAUUGUUGGUCAGUGGGCAGUGACAGCAAGUGUAGAUUACUCCCUUGCUCAGAUGAUUCAAGUGAUCAUUCUUCUUAGCACAGGUGGGAAAAAUGGUGGAGGAUAUGAGGCAUCUAAAUACUUAGUUAUUGCUUUCCAUGGUGGAAUUUUGCUUCUACAUGCUUUUAUAAACAGUCUUUCUAUAUCUUGGUUAUCUUUCAUUGGACAAAUUGCUGCUGCAUGGAAUAUAGUUGGAGUUUUUGUUCUUAUGAUCUUGAUUCCCUCUGUCGCGACCGAGAGAGCUAGUGCUAAAUUUGUUUUCACUCACUUCAACACUGAUAAUGGGGAAGGAAUUGGCAGCACAAUUUACAUAUUUGUUCUUGGGCUUCUAAUGAGUCAGUAUACCUUAACUGGUUAUGAUGCAUCUGCUCAUAUGACUGAAGAAACCAAGAAUGCUGAUACAAAUGGACCAAAAGGAAUAAUAAGUUCUAUUGGGAUAUCGAUCAUUGUCGGAUUCGGUUACAUACUUGGCAUCACUUUUGCUGUUACCAACAUUCCAUCCCUUUUGGAUGAAAACAAUGAUGCUGGUGGUUAUGCCAUUGCUGAAAUAUAUUACCAAGCAUUCAAGAGUAGAUAUGGUAGUGGGGUUGGGGGGAUUGUUUGCUUGGGAGUGGUUGCUGUUGCCAUUUUCUUCUGUGGCAUGAGCUCAGUUACUAGCAAUUCAAGGAUGGCUUAUGCAUUCUCUAGAGAUGGAGCCAUGCCCUUUUCUUCACUUUGGCAUAAAGUGAACAAGCAAGAAGUACCUAUAAAUGCAGUUUGGCUUUCUGCUUUUAUAUCAUUCUGCAUGGCUCUCACGUCUCUUGGAAGCAUUGUUGCAUUUAACGCAAUGGUAUCCAUAGCGACGAUUGGACUAUACAUAGCUUAUGCAUUGCCCAUCUUCUUCAGGGUAACUUUGGCACGCAAAUCCUUCGUUCCAGGGCCUUUUAACUUGGGUCGAUAUGGUGUUGUCGUCGGUUGGAUUGCAGUUAUUUGGGUGGCAAUCAUCUCAGUCCUAUUCUCAUUGCCUGUGGCCUACCCAGUUACCAUAGAGACACUCAACUAUACACCAGUUGCAGUUGGUGGUUUGUUCAUUAUUACUGUCUCUACUUGGGUGUUAAGAGCAAGGUACUGGUUUGAAGGUCCAAUUACCAACAUUGAAUGAAAGUAGUGCAAAAAAUUUACAAUUUUUUCAGUGCCCAAGAUGGCCUUUUGUAAAAUUUUUAUGUGUAUCUAGGUGACAUUAUACCAGAACUUGAGAUGGUUUUGUUCAAUUGUUCUUCAUAUUAAUUCAAUUCACAUGAGGUUAGUUACUGUGAAA